UUAUUUAAUGCUUUUAUUAAUACUCGUUUAGAUAGUGUUUGCUUAAAUCCAAGAGAUUGAUUGUGAUGUGAUUAAUAAAUUGCUAGAGAGAAGUAAUGUGUUUAUAUCAAUUUAGAUAGAAUAUGAAAUAAAAUAGCCGAUUAUUUUAUUAUUUUAUUUCAAGUAUGGUGCUAUAUAUUAAUAAAUCAAAUCGCCUUGGUUGUAAUUUAAGUUUUUAAUUUAGACAAUAUUCUCAAAAUUACACUUAAUAUGAAUUCAUGCAAUUAGAUAUGAAAGAGUAUUCCGAAUAAUGUAUUGUUGGAAUUUUUGAGCAUAAUUAUCUUCCAUAUGGAAUCUACAUAAAUGAUAAAUUUGAAUUUCAUGCUGAACUAAUUCGUGAAUCUGCUCAACUUAUUGAAUACUUGGAAUAAACAAAAUAGUUUGAAUUUGCCCCAUUGCCUAAAUUUAAUAAAUAUAGAAAAUUGUAGAAUAUGCUCACAAAUUACAUUUUUGUAAUUAUCACUUUCUAACUUAGAUCUAAAGCAUAAAGGCCAUAGGUGUUGUAGCAUUGAUAAUUUUUGCAAUUUGGUUCAGAUUAUAAAUUUACAAGGAUAAAGACAAGUCAGAAUGAUGAG